AUGGUUGAUAGUACAAUCGAGGUGUGUGCAAGAGAAAAACGUGCCAGUGAUGCUGUUGUGCAAGCCGUGAAGCAUGGAUUAGCCAGACAGAAACAAGUCGCAAUGGAACAGCAAACUGACAAUAAUUCGCUUAAGCCAGCAUUCGUCGAAAUCGGACCGGAUUGGACAGUUGAAGGCGAGAAGCUUGAUUGUGGUUUCAGUAGUGCAUCAAUGCGUGAUCCUCAAGGUCGACGAGUUUUAAUCAAAACGCAAGAUCAUCCAUUAUGUGCUGCCAAUGAAUGA